UGGGGGCGGGAGCGCCGGAAGCUGAAAGGAAUUUCCUGUGAGUUCGGCUUCCUCAACAUGGCAGCGCCCUUGUCAGUGGAGGUGGAGUUCGGAGGCGGCGCAGAGCUCCUGUUCAACGGCAUAAAGAAGCAUCAGGUCACCUUGCCUGGACAGGAGGAACCCUGGGACAUCCGGAGCCUCCUUGUCUGGAUCAAGAAGAACUUGCUAAAAGAGCGGCCAGAGUUGUUCAUCCAGGGAGACAGCGUGCGGCCAGGAAUUCUGGUGCUGGUUAACGAUGCCGACUGGGAACUGCUGGGCGAGCUGGACUACCAGCUGCAAGACCAGGACAGCAUCCUCUUCAUAUCCACACUGCACGGCGGCUGAGGGCCCCGCACGGCGCCCAGGCUCCCUCGGGGUGGGGAACGGAGAACAGUCAGACAUCCCCUGGGGCCCUGCCUCCAGGUCUCCCUGUCCCCUCUGGCCGCUUUCUUCCCUGCUCUGUCCCCCGAGCUCCCUCCAGGCAGGGAAAAGAGGCCAGGUGCUAAAAAUGAGCCUUUCUCAGGCACGUGAGUGGGGUUGGGCAGGCUCAACCCUGCCUCCCUCCCCAGCAGCUGAGGUGGGGGAGGGUGUCCCUCUGGUUUGUCACAACAGGAGGGGGCUCCGCGGCCAGGUGACCCAGCUGCCUCUCACUCCUUGUGUCUCAAUCUGAGUGACCACUGAUAGGCUCUAACUCCUGGGCUGUAGCGUCUUCAUGGAGAAGAUGAAUGGACCCGAAGAGCUUAUAGGAGGAAGCCCCUCCCUUCUCAAAGAUGGGAGGAGUCUCUGCCUCAGUUUCCCCAUCUAGACAGCUGAGGGCCCUGGCUGUCCCCCACUGAUAUCAUUAUGGAACCUCAGCUGGGGUCCCCUAUUCAGUGCUGACUCCCCCCUCCCAGCAGCUGCUCUUCCAACCACACCCCUCCUCCUGCUCCCCCAGCCCCAGCCCUUGACCCUGGCUGGCCUUCCCCCACACACACAGGCCACCAGAUGGGCUCCUGAGACCCUCCCCCAGCAAAAGGCUGCCUGCAGCUCAUUCUGGAGAGAGAGAGUAGGCAAAAGCUUGGACAGGCAGGCAGAGGCCUGGGGAGUCAGAGUGCCUCAGUUUCCUCCUCAAUAGCACUUGAGUAUUUAUAAUAUCUGAAAGCAGACUUACUACUUGAUGACACAAAUGUAGACUUCAUCGCCUUUCCCACUUCCUGCAGGAAGCAGGAUGGGGGCAGGCAGCACCUGGUAGGCAGGAUGGGUUGCCCCUCCUCCCUCCAUCCCUUCUGGAAGUCUUGGGGCCUCAGUGCCUGCAACAGCUGGCCUUGGGCAAAUAAAAGACUAGGUUGUUUACUAGCUUUGCUUAGAGCUUCGUCCUUAGAAACCAGUGGCACCCCAUAUCCCCCCUAGCCGUGGUCCCCAGCCGAGGGCUUUCAGAGUUCCCUUUAACCCAAACAGAGGGCAGGGGUCGAAACCCAGACUACAGACUGUCUGGGAGGGGGUGCUCCGACAGGGCCGUCUGGAGACGGGAAUGGCAGAGCAGACUGUGCUGACCAGUCUGGGUCCCAGGACAUUUCUCUACUUUGUCUGAGUCUAGGCUUUGUCCCACCAGCUGCAGCCGGCAGCCCCAGAACCAGGAAUGGGGGUGGCCUAGGAGACUGCUGGACCUCCCUUCCCAUGACCUGGAGGAAAAGCUUGGCUGGAGGGAAACCUCAAAAAAAAAAAAAAAACAUCCUCCCACCCAAACCAUUGCUUUCCAUUAAAUGUCAGUGAAUUAAGGUUGAAUUUCCCUCGUUCUUUGGAGAUGAAAGUGCCAAGUGGUCAUCUCAGCUGGGUUGGGAUGGCGGGGAUGUGUGUGCACGUCAUUCCCAAGGCCCAGGGGACACACAACCCCUGGCUUCUGAGCUUCUUCCCAGCGCCCUGGGAGUAGAGACCUCCUAGUAUGUGUAGGUGGGGCCAGCGUGUUAGGGUUAUGGGUAGGAGCUGGUCUGAGUGCAAAUUAAGGCCAGUGUUGGGGUCUAAGUGCUGUCUAGAAAGGUUGUAUGACCAACCCACACGAGGUGUGGAGGUCAGGGUCUCCAUGUUAGGGAAGAGAGCAAGGGAUUUGAAAUGGCCCCCUUACAAUCUCACUGAUUUCCUGUAACCUGGAGGCCCCUCCCUGCCUCUGGCCCCACUGGAAUGGCCCAUUGUCCCACCUGGGAUUCCAAGUCCUGGAGACUGGACGAUAGUGUUCCUUUCCUGCCUGCACCCGGAAGAGGGAGAGUAGAUUCAGGAUAUCCCUUCUGCCAGGGCACCCCAGUUCAUGCUAAGGAGUAGAGCAGGAGGAUGCACUGAGAAAACCAGGUUCCUUGUGGGGAGGGAUGCCAGCGCCACCACCGAAACUGGCCCAAGCGCUCCCCAGCAUUUCGGGUCAUUUUCAGUCCCCACUGGGAUAGCAGUCAGGAACAGGUGACCCGGGCUCAGCCCCAGCAACACCAAACUGUCCCCCUCCCCGCAGCUCCUGACCCCCCACUUGUGAGGAAAUAAACAAAUAAGUAAACCCCA